GUGAACAUACGUUCAAUUAUAAAAGGUAAAUAGUACUUUUCUUGUACGAAGUUAAUCAAAAUUUUAUACUAUUUGCGAAAAAAUCAUUACGUACUUGACUCAAAAAUCAAGAACUUUAAUGUUUACACGGUUUAUGUAACCCCGUAAUUAUGGCCGUGGUAAAUUUGUAUAAAAAUUAAAAUUUCCUAGUUGUAAACAAGCCGUAUGACAUGUACAUAAAUUCUGAUGAUGAAAAUGAAAAGAAUACAGUCGUUUGUCACAUAGCAGAACGAGAUUCUCAUCGCUCGAAUUCGGCACAUCCACUACAUUUUGUUCAGCGACUGGACUACUCCACUAGCGGCGUUCUCUGCUUGGCUUUGAAUAAAAAUGCAGCUGCCACCGCUGGUAGACUUUUCGAGAAGAGACUAACACACAAGUACUACCUAGCGAUUGUUAGAGGACAUUUAAGUUUCGAAAUUUGUGAUAUAAAGUAUCCAGUUGGUUCUGAUCGGACAUCACCAGAUAUCAGUCACAAGAUGCUUGCAUUAACUGAAACAACAACAGCUUCAUGUGGUUCUCCAAGAUCGGCUGAGACUCGCUUACUUGUACUUGAGUCAGGACAUUACGAAGACAAUCCUGUUACUGUGGUGCUCUUGAAGCCUUUAACUGGUCGUCGUCACCAGUUAAGGGUGCACUGUUCAGCUAUAGGUCACACAAUCUUAGGCGACUAUACGUACAGUGAUAGACAAGAUAUAUCUCCACAUAGGAUGUUCUUACACGCUACUAGGCUAGUUUUACCUCUUCCGAAAGAAACAUUAGAUAUUCAAACAGUGGAACCUUUUUUUUCUGAUAGUCGAUUUACUUCAAAAUGGACACCGCUAGCUAAAAAGUACAAUUAUUGCGAAAAACAAGAUUUCAUUAAGGUAUGCGAUGUAAUAGAUAAAGCAUUCGAAAGAAGUGACAAAUAUAAAUUGUUUAGUUAA